AUGCCUGAGACCGAAGCGGGCAACACACAGAUGGAUCCUCGGAUCAUCGGCGGAUCCCCUGCCACCAUCACGGAGGCACCUUGGGUCGCCUACAUUACCAUCUUGUUUGCUGACUCAUCCAGGAAUUGCACUGGCGUCAUCAUCGACCAGCUCCAUGUUUUGACUGCUGCUACAUGCGUCACGUUGGGAAUUUAUGUAGCAUCUGCUGUGAAAGUGGCCGUCGGGAACGAGAAUUACCAUCUGGGAACGACAUACAACGCAGUCUCCUGGGAACGCCACCCUUCCUUUCUAAACAGUCGAGGAUGCCCCGGGGCGACGGUGAGGGUAUGGGAGAGUCCUUCCGCGGAUCCAGCCGAAGAUUGUGGUGAAAAUUCUACCGGCCUUCAAUUCGUCUCCGAAGCGAACACACUUCGCCUCAUGUUCAUAACAGCGGAUAAGGCUGUGGGUGCUCAAGGCUUCCAAGCAAUCUGGACCGAGAUCAAGGACGACCCACAUUGUGAUGGAUUCCAUUGCUCAAAGAACGGCUAUUGCAUCUCGGACAACCUCAGGUGUAACGGGUAUGAAAAUUGCGGCGUCGGUGACAAAACCGACGAACUCAACUCCGAAUCCUGCGCGAGUCUCCUCAGACCAAGAAUGACUUCAGUCAAGGCCAUGUUGAAGUAUCAUGCAGCAAUCGACCGCGUUUCUCCUGCAUGCCUCCUUCCUCGUCUGCGAUCACGAGCUGCUUUCUUCAGAAUCAAUGGUGUGAUGGAAUAA